ACUAAAUUCACUCCAGCCUUCUGUUCGGACUGUGGAUUAAAGUAACUGGAAAGGAUUUGAGUAUCAGAGUGGCUCCAAUCGGCAGCUGAAAAUGGGAAUCUCUGGACUGCUGCAGUUCAUCAAAGAUGCAGCAGAGCCCAUCAAUGUGAAGAAAUACAAAGGCCAGACUGUGGCUGUGGACACUUACUGCUGGCUGCAUAAAGGAGCAUUUUCAUGUGCUGAGAAGCUCGCUAAAGGAGAACCAACUGAUCAGUAUGUGUGGUACUGCAUGAAAUUUGUGGACAUGCUGUUGAACUUCAGAGUCAAACCAAUUCUGGUGUUUGAUGGACGCAAUCUGCCUUCAAAACGAGAGGUGGAAAAGGCUCGCAGAGAGCGUAGAGAAACCAACCUUCUGAAAGGCAGACAGCUGUUACGUGAAGGCAAAGUGUCUGAGGCCAGAGACUGUUUUACCCGCUGUGUUAACAUCACCCCAGCCAUGGCUCAUAACCUUAUUAAGGCUGCAAGGGCAAAAGGAGUGGACUGUGUUGUGGCUCCAUAUGAAGCUGAUGCUCAGUUAGCUUACCUAACUAAAUCUGGUUUAGCCCAGGCUGUCAUCACAGAAGACUCUGACCUGCUGGCGUUUGGCUGCAAAAAGUAUGACAAGAAGCUGGCUAUCACCUAA